AUGCGUAAGUUAACCAAACCCUUGAAGAUGAGUUGUUUCAAGAAGCUGUUGGUGGAUUGGGGGUUGGUUCUCGUGUCUUGCGGGAUCGGUUAUUUCACAAGAGGGGAGGAACUGUACUACUCUUUGUUCCAAGGCUGCGGUGUGCCUCUCCAUCUGAUGAGGACGUUCAAUCUCUGGGCAGGUUUCGAGAAUUUCGGGAUUAUCGAGGGCUUGCAGGCCGCGUGGAUCAACGUGGCCGUGUCGUUGUCAUGCAGGUACCCAAAGUGGGCCCCGCUUCUGGUCACUCUCGUCUCUCUUGCUCUUCAGGUUGGGAAAAAGAAGUUCUCCGGAAUGCCAGCUGCCGAUGCUCCUCCUCCGAGCAGUGUCGAAUUGUGUUGA